AUGUCAUUAGAGGUUCUGUGUAUGCUCUGUAUGAGCAGGCAUGUUUUUGAGAAGGGGUUAGUCGAGUCACGUUACCUUUACGCGACUCCGCAGCUGUGCGUGGAGUUUGUCAUCAUUCUGAGGUCAAGUGGUCUCGUUGAACAGCUUGUCACUGCUCCUGUCAGCAGCUAUGAUGAUAUCGACAGGAAGAUCAACGAAGGAACCAGGAACAGAACAGUGGCUGCAACCAACAUGAACGCCACCAGCAGUCGUGCCCACACCAUUGUGGCCAUCAACUUUAGCCAGAAGGCCCCAAACGAGGCUGGACAGAGCAUGACCAAAUCCUCAGUCAUCAACCUGGUAGACUUGGCAGGAAGUGAGAGAGCUGAAAGCACAGGUGCAACAGGAGACAGGCUGAAGGAAGGUUCUGCUAUCAACCAAUCACUGUCCACGCUUGGAAAUGUAAUUAAAGCUUUGGCCGACGCAUCCAGUGGAAAAGGAAAAGUAAUGGUUCCUUUCAGAGAUUCUGUACUGACCAAGCUGCUAAAGAAUGCCCUGGGUGGCAAUAGUAAGACUAUUAUGAUUGCAGCCCUAAGUCCUGCUGAUAUCAACUUUGAUGAGACCCUGUCCACACUGAGAUUUGCUGACCGAGCAAAGGCCAUCAAGACCAAAGCGAUAGUGAACGAGAGUCCGACAGACAAGCUGAUCCGAGAACUGAAGGAGGAGAACCAGAAACUGAUGGACAUGCUGAAGGCAGCGCAGGGGGGCGGGGUCAUGCCGCAGCCAAUAGCAGCCGAGGAGGGGGAGGACAACAAGGGCAAGUUCACAGAGGAAGAGGUGGAGGAGAUGAAGAGGUCCAUGGAGGAGCAGCUGAGGAGGAACCAGGAGGAGAUGGAGACCAUGAAGAUGACCUGGGAACAACGACUGCAGGAGGAGGCUGCACAGAACCAGGAGAAACUGCAGGCAGAGAGGAGAAAGCAGGAGGAGAUGAAGGUCAUCCCCCACUUCUGGAACCUCAACGAGGACCCCUCUCUGACGGGGAUGGUAGUGCACUUUGUCAGGGAAGGAAACACAAGAGUUGGAAACAAGAAGGCAGACCCUCCCGCUGAUGUUGUUCUGAUUGGACUCAGUAUCCAGGCCGAGCAUGCCUUAGUGAGGAAUGACAACAAUGUGGUGUACCUGAAGCCGGCAGCAGCUGAUGCUAAAGUGUUGGUGAACGGAAAACCUCUCACAACAGAGGAUGGGGAGGAAGAGCUUCAUCAUAAUGACAGGGUGAUGUUUGGGUCGAACCACCUGUACGUGUUCCACCACCCCCAGGACCUGGCCAAGCAGGAGAAGUCAGGCAAGAAGGUGGAGAAGGUCACCUACGAGUCCGCACAGGAGGAGAUCGCUCAGAACACCGGCUUUGAUAUGGACAAGGAGGGAAAGUCCAAAAAUGAAAUGCUGCUACAGGAAGACCUGAUCGCCAUGAUGCCCAUGGUGAACGAAGCCAACGCCAUGUCUGAGGAGCUAGACAAGAAGUGUCGGUUUGAGAUCGCUCUGGUGUCGCCCCAGGCACGGGGACUCAAGGAGGGAAGGACAGAGGUCAGUGUUAAGAUGAAGAACCUGGAAAACGGGAAUGACUUCAUGUGGGACCGCAACAAGUUCAUCAACCGCAAGUACCUGAUGCAGGAGAUGUACCAGAACUAUGUGGAGGGGGACGCCAACUGGGAUGUGGAGAAGGACAAGGACCCAUUCUGGGAGCCACCUGACACAGAGGUCCUGGUGGGGAGUGUACAUGUCUACCUGCAGAGCCUGGCUUACCUGGUUGAACUUGAGGAGAACUUGGCCAUCACAGACUACCGUGGGGCGGAGAACGGUCACCUGACCGUGGAGAUCGAACCGUGCGCCCAGGACGGCUCGCCUCUCGAGGACGACUUUGUGGAAGACCCACAAGAACUGAUCGGGUCUCCAAUGCACUUCCAGCUCAAAGUACCACAUGCCAGGGGGCUUCCUAACAAAUAUGUACAGAGCUGUGUGAAGUACAAGUUUUACCUGGAUGAGAAGAGCACCAACACCAACUGGAUCGCAGGUGUCAAUCCAAACUUCCAACACAACAAGCAGUUCUCCUAUAGUCCUGUCACAAAACAGUUUGUGGAGUACUUGAACACCCAGCCCCUGAUCCUGGAGGUGUGGGGGAAACAGACGUCAGCGGCUGACAAACAGCGGGCAAACAUGUCCACCAAACAGAUGGUCGCCAUGGAGAAGGGUGGGCUGAACCUCAACGAGCAAAACCGCAUGGCGCAGAAACGGGUCACCACUCAGGAUGAUGAGGAGAAACAGAAGCUGACCCAGGAAGUCAGCCUCAUGAAGAAGAUGAAUGAGAAAAUGGACAAGAAACUGGUGAGACUGUCAUUUGUCUGUUUUUUUCUUAAAUGUCAUAAUUCAGGUCAUGUCACCAGGUAACUGAAUCAAUAUUACCUUACCUUAGACCUUAGACCCUCCCGCAACACUGUUGCAUUGGUCGACUCGUCGAGCAUACUUUCUCCAAAGGUUGCGGUCUUGAGCAGCUACUGCCAUGCUUUCCAUGCUGUUUAGCCCCAUUU